ACCGAACUUGAAGGAAAUCUUCAUGGCUCAAAGGCAGCCUUUGAACUUACCAACGAAUGGCGGGCAUUUUGACGACGACGAGCUAGAACAGAUACGCCGCUAUGAGGAUUUUACGACUAUAGAUUGGAUCCAAGACUCUAUUCUCGAAAGAAAUAGGCGGCUACGAAACUCGAAGGGUUCUCGUGUGCUUUAUCGUGGGCCUCUUGGAGAGAGAACUACGGCGUGGCUGAGGGCGCAGUUCAACAAGAUCGUGGACGCUGGCCAUGCGUGGCUUGUGAUUAGUCUUGUUGGUGUUGGCAUCGGCGUGAAUGCUGCCCUGAUAUCCAUCAUCACUGAGUGGUUGUCGGACAUAAAAAUGGGAUACUGUUCGGAUGGGUGGUGGCUGAACCAACAGUUCUGUUGCUGGGAGAUUGAAAGCAACGAAAUGGAUGUAUGUCCGUCGUGGCAUCCAUGGAGCACCGUUACUCCUGCGCGAUGGUUGAUAUAUGUUGUGUUCGCUGCUCUAUUUUCUUUUAUUGCGGCGCAUCUCGUUCGAUCUAUGGCAAAAUAUGCCGCCAGCUCUGGCAUCUCAGAGAUCAAAUGUAUUCUCGCAGGAUUCGUCAUGCAGGGCUUUCUAGGCUUCGCAACGUUUUUUAUCAAGAGUAUCACUUUGCCCUUAGUCAUAGCUUCUGGUCUGUCAGUCGGUAAAGAGGGCCCAUCAGUACACGUCGCUUGUUGUAUUGGGUCUCUCGUUGCUGGCUUGUUCAAGAAAUUCAGGCAAAGUCAAGGUAAAAUGAGGGAAAUCAUAACAGCUGCAAGUGCAGCAGGAGUUGCAGUUGCUUUCGGUUCGCCCAUCGGAGGUGUUUUGUUUUCCAUCGAGGAAAUGAGUUCUGCAUUCAGCAUCAGAACAAUGUGGAGAAGCUUUUUCUGUGCUUUAGUGGCUACUUUCACCUUGCAGGCGAUGAACCCAUUCAGGACGGGAAAGCUGGUGCUGUUCCAGGUAACUUACGAUCGCGAUUGGCACUUCUUCGAGAUUAUAUUUUUCAUCAUCCUGGGGAUAUUUGGGGGUUUAUAUGGAGCCUUUGUCGUGAAGUUCAACUUACAAGUCGCCGCGUUUCGUAAAAAGCACCUCGCCAAUCAUGGCGUAGCUGAAGCCGUCAUACUCGCGACCUUGACCGCAAUGGUAGGAUACUUCAAUAGGUUUCUCCGCAUCGACAUGACGGAAAGCAUGUCGAUACUUUUCCGUGAAUGCGAUGGUGGUGGAGACUACGACAACUUGUGCCAAACGUCAGUGCAAUGGCCAAUGGCGAAUUCACUUUUACUGGCUACAUUUAUUCGCAUAGGACUCGUAGUCAUAUCUUACGGAUGCAAGGUUCCAGCUGGUAUUUUCGUCCCUUCGAUGGCCAUCGGUGCUACGUUCGGUCGUAUGGUAGGCAUCAUGGUGAAAGCUGUUUAUAGAGCUUACUCGCAUUCUGGCAUUUUUGCUGUCUGUGAUCCAGAUGUGCCGUGCAUUACUCCAGGAACAUAUGCCUUUCUUGGGGCUGCUGCUGCCUUGAGCGGGGUCAUGAGGAUUACGGUAACAGUUGUCGUGAUCAUGUUUGAACUUACCGGAGCCUUGACAUACAUCCUGCCCACCAUGAUCGUCCUUCUUGUCACAAAGGCGGUGGGCGAUUUCCUUGGGACCCGUGGCAUUGCAGAUGAGAUGAUACGCUUCAACGGAUAUCCAUUUUUGGAACACGAUGAUCAUGACUAUAAUGAACCCGUAUCCAAGGUCAUGAAGUCAGACUUGCAUACGUUAUUUGUGUCUGGAAUGUGUGUCCGUGACGUAGAGGAGAAACUGGCUUCGAGUACUGUGAAAGGCUUCCCUAUUAUCAAUUCGGAUUCAUCUCGGCUCCUCGUAGGUUAUAUCGGGAGGACGGAACUCCGCUACGUGUUGGAUAAGGCUCACAAAAUGGGCGACAUACGACCAAACACUCCCUGCUUAUUUAUUCGUGAAGCUUCUGACCAGGAAGAUCUUGGUUUAUCGGGCAUCACGUCUGGACCUGCGCUGGGCGUCGAGGAAGAAAUUGCUACGGAGCUUAUUGGAACGACAGCAUCAAACGACAUUCUUAAGCUUUGGCCUUGGGUAAAUCAGACACCGUUUACGGUGGCAUCACAUCUACCUUUGGAGAUCGUGAUGCAACUCUUUAAAAGGAUGGGGCCACGUGUUAUCCUUGUUGAAGAUCAUGGUGUAUUAGCAGGCCUUGUGACUGUUAAGGACGUAUUACGGUUCACAGCGACAGGGAACGAUGACGGUGGAGCGACUUGGGACGAUCCAGAGGGGCUAGAUGGCUUACUAGAAGAUGUCUGGAUAGGGCUCACAGAUGUCGCGGAUUCGACAUGGACAUGGUGUAGAAGAUUAAUCCGUCGAUGAUAUACUACUAUCUUCACUCUGUAUUCUGAAGUGCAUCCUCUCUUGCUUUGUUCGCCGUCUUGGCAUGCUAAGCACAUAUU